AGUCGCGUCGCCUAGGCAACGGCUCGGCGGCGGGCUGCGGGCGCCAGGCGGCCCCGGGGAGGCGCUCGCGCCGGCGGCCGGGGCUCUACGAGGCGACAAGGCGGCAGGAAGCUGAAUGCAGUGGAGGCUGUUGUAGACCUUCAGAGGUGAUCAGAGAGAGAGGAUUACACUAGAAGGUUACUUCCAAAAGGAGACUUUCUGCACUGGCUAAUCAAGAGUGAAAAACCUGAAGAGAUGCAGGCAGGAAAACGGAAUUAAACUAGGCCUGAGGAGCGAUGAGACAGGCAUGAUGGAAGUCGAGUCCUCCUACUCGGACUUCAUCUCCUGCGACCGGACAGGCCGUCGGAAUGCAGUCCCUGACAUCCAGGGUGACUCGGAGGCCGUGAGUGUGCGGAAGCUCGCUGGAGACAUGGGCGAGCUCGCACUUGAGGGAGCAGGUCAGAGCUAGUGCCCCCACAUCCUGGUGGGCAGCUGGGGAGGUAGUUUGCCAGCUCUGGUGAGCCUCCAGACCCUACACCUUCCUCAGGGAAGCAGCUGCAUCUAAAUUGGGGCUGUUUGCGACUGUUGGCAGAGCCCAGCCAAUGUCUAAGAUAGAGAGUGCCAGUGUCCUGGUUCUAAGGGCUCUGAUGAGUAGCUGGGGCCUUUCCCCUUUUCCCUGCCCCAACUCCAACAAAUCCUGUUAGAUCUCUGUAAUGGAUCCUAACUCCCAGUGCUCCAUGCCUUAGCUUCUCCACAUCUGCACAGCCACCAUGUUUACCUGCUGUUCACUUGGACUUCAUGCCCUUCCUGCACAGCAGACAGCAGGAUUAGUUAGCCUGUCCUGUCCUGUCAGCCUUCUGCCCCAGACUCUAUGGUAACAUCUCAGAGCCAAGCUACUCUUCAGUGCUCCCCAGGAGUCAUGCCCUGCUGGCUAGCCUGCCUGGCCUUGGGGUCCAUCCACACCCUACCCACUUUCCCCCCACUCGCCCAUCUCUGUCUGCUUCUCUAUAAAGGGUCAGGGCCUCCUUGUGGGGCCUUCACUGCACUCACUGUUACCUCUGUCUACAACCACAGAUGCUCCCAGAGGCCUCCUCAGCUAGUGUGCCCCAGGCCACAUCACUCUCAGAGGCCUCUGCUCAGCUUAGGUCCACAGUUAGCCUUCCCUACCACUUCUCUGCUGCAGGCUCAGAGCCGUGCUUGCUGUAUCACUUCCCAUGGUGCACUGCAGCUUCCUCUGUGCUACUCCAGGAGCGGAUCCUUGCUGGGCCAAAGCAUUGUCUUUGCCUGUGCGGCCCCAGUCUAGAGUUCUCAGUCCUUAUUGCCCAGAAAUGACUUAGGAACACGGAACAGGGACAAUGUUGGGGACAGGGACCCAGUUUCUCAUGUAAUAGAUUUAACUGAGGUCAAGGGAAACUGGAGUCUUCUUAGGCUCGCCCAGCCAAUGACCAUCAUUGGUAUGACAGUCUCUAUGCCUCGGGAGAAUACCCUGCCCCUUACCUCCAUAGCCUCACAAAGUUUCCCAGGCUGAGGCCCUUUGGCCUUCCUUGUGUUGGUCCCUGCUUUCUGUUCAAGUACGGAACCUGCACAAUGCUCCCCACCCCCUCCGCAGCCCCAACUCUUAUUCCCCACUUUUUCCUUUCUCUUUGCAGCUGGAACAAAGGCCUGCGGGCCCUGCUUCUGGCGGUUGCUUCUCAUUGUGGUGCUUUUAGUGCUAAGGCCUUCCCAGACCACAGCUUGUCUCUGACAGAGGCGCCCCUUUCUCCCCAUCUCCAUGGCCCUAUGAACUGAGCUGUUCCAGCACAGGCUGUCUCAUGCCCUCUGUGACUAACAGUGUUUGGCACGUGACGGGUACCUACUCAACGGCUGCUCACUGUCCAACCGAAUGAGCAGUGGACCCAGCUGGCACACCGGGCACAGUGCCAAGGGGCUCUUCAAGGCUCCUGUGCUCUGCUCAGCUCUCAUCAGCUUUGUUUGCUGCCUGCCUUCAUCCUUAGCCAUCACUAGUCCCCUCAUGUAGGCCUUUACAACACCGUUUGCCUUACUGAGAGUCUUUGUGUAUUUGGGUCCUCCCAGUACAUGAUGCUUGCUAGCCACCAUGACUGAUGUCUGAAAGGGAGGCAUAAGGACAGAAUGUGCUUGAUGCUGGGGACUGGAAUGCCUUUGAUAGAAUCAAGGCAAGGUGGCCAGCUAUGAGAAGCCAUCACAGUAAAGUGUCCCCAGGCAUUUCUGAGCCCAGCAGACUCUCAUAUGCUGAGGACAGAGCCUUAAUCCUAUCCCCCAGAUUCUGACCCACAGGCCAAGGCCCCAGAGUUUUCUCUGCCACGCCUUUCAAGGGCUGAUGCAUAGACUGAGUAGAACAGGACUGUGGCCCCGUAGGGUAUGGGCAGGCAGAAGUGUCCUAGCUACCUAGUCUCCCCAAGCCUGUGGCCUGCUGGAUCUAUCAGUGUCCUCCAGCAUGUAGUGCACACAUCUGUCUGUGCCUGCCAUCUUCUCAGACAGGGAGCACACAUUUGCUUUACUCUCUUAAGAGGAAGAGAAGCCAGAGGCCAGCCAUGGAGAUGAGGGUACACUGACCCUGGGCAGCAGUUUCUUUUCUCCCAAGGACUGAUGGGAUAGGACCUUCUCCCCAACUAAGGGAGGGUUGGGGCUGGUACAGAGGAAGUAUGAUUGCUAGAGAGGACUUAGGGUCACAGCCUACGUUCCAUCAAGCCAGAUUAAGACAUCAGUUCUCAAUAAGCCAAUUAAAAGAGCCAAAUUAGGAGCUGGUGGUUAAGUUCAGUGGUUAAGACCACUUCAUAGCAGCUUACAACAUCUGUAGCUCCAGUUUCAGGAGAUACAGUACCAUCUGACUUCCAGAUGUGCCACAGAUGCAUGUGGUUCACAAACAUACAUGCAAGCAAAACACUCAUGUACAUAAAGAAAAAAAUUAAAAAGCCAAAUUAAAAUGAA